CCAAAAACGCGAGGUGCUAGACGCCGGCCGCUGCGGGCUCCUUUCUUCCCCGCCGCCGACUGCCGCAACGCGGCAGGAGAGCCGCCGCCGCCGCCGCCGCUUCUUCGAAUCUCUCGGCCACACCGGCUGCUGGACUGGCCGUGUGGAGAACGGCGGCCAUUUCCGGCGGAGCGGGACCUGCAACCCUGCUGCUGUUUCUGCUUCAUGAAUGCCAGUGUGAGCUGAGGUUGCAUCUCAGCUACAGGUGCGCUUGGAUUGGAUUGGUUUAUCCCCCCCUCUUUUUUUUUUUGAGAUCUUUGAGCCUCAUCUUCAUACGAGAUAGGCGAAUACAAUUUAUACUGUGUCUGGGGAAAUACUCGUCGGAGAAAUGGAUGUAUGUAGACAUAUUUUGGUUCUAGAUACAUCCGUGGUGAAAUUGCGCUUGUUUUCAACUUCAACGGUGACUUAGUGCAAGUUGUUUGCAGGUGAAAAUUGUAGCUAGUGAUCACAUCGAUCUGUGGCCGUCGUUUUCACAUCCUUAGCUAGUGAUCCAGUGAUCACAUCUCACUAGUGAACAAAAUCGUGGCUGGCCAUCGCUAUCCUGUGUCAAGGAUGGUAGGUAGUGCACAUAUCAGGCCACCAAAAGAACAAACAAAAUGUGCCAUGGAUAUUCCAAUUUUGACAUGUUAGUAUGUUGCUGCUACACAAUUCAUUAAUAAUGUCUGUAAGCACAUUUCUUUUCCGGGUUCCGGUUCCUCCAUAACAAUGGCAUCAUUGGCAUGCCAUUGUUUAGAAGUAGUUCAAUACCGCACUCUUAUCUUAUUGGACAAGGUCAACUAGAUCUAGUAUAUAUAAGUGUAGUAUGACAAUGCGCUACAAGUCUGCAACCACCACCACCCCAACAACUCCAGCUCUAUAUCUCUAUCUAUCUUGCCAAUAAUUGAUUAUUGUUCGGUUGGUUGGCGUUUUCCUUUUCUGUUCAUCUUCUCCUCUCUCUCUCUAUAGCUUUCAGAUGGGGGCAGCAGCAGCAGCAGCAGCAGCAGCAGCAGCACUGGUUCUGGUCAUGGCUGGCCUCUUGGGAGCUGCAGCUGCCAGUGUAGGCGACAAGUGUUCGACGAGUGCCGGCUGCGGUGCCGGGCAGUGGUGCUUCGACUGCGAGCCGAAGCUCGCCGGCCCCCACUGCGCCCGCUCCACCGCCACCAACCCCUUCCAACUCGUUAAUAACUCGUUGCCAUUCAAUAAGUACGCCUACCUCACAACGCACAAUUCAUUCGCGAUUGCUGGGGAACCGUCGCACACCGGAAUUCCACGCAUCACCUUCGACAACCAGGAGGAUACAGUCACCGAUCAGUUAAAUAAUGGUGUUCGCGCGCUAAUGCUCGACACAUAUGACUUCAAAGGAGGUGUAUGGUUGUGCCAUUCCAGUGGAGGCAAAUGCAACGAUUUUACUGCAUUUGAACCGGCAUUGGACACAUUCAAGGAAAUUGAGGCGUUUCUUUCUGCCAACCCAUCUGAAAUCAUUACGUUGAUCCUGGAAGACUAUGUUCACGCGCCAAAUGGCCUGACGAACGUGUUCAAGGCCUCUGGUCUGCAAAAGUACUGGUUUCCAGUGUCAAAAAUGCCAAAGAAUGGUCAGGAGUGGCCUCUUGUCAGCGAAAUGGUCACAAGCAACCAGCGCCUCCUUGUGUUCACCUCUGCCAGAUCGAAGCAAGUCACAGAAGGAAUCGCGUACCAGUGGAAUUUCAUGGUUGAGAACAAUUAUGGCGACGAUGGAAUGGAUGCUGGCAAAUGCUCGAACCGUGCGGAGUCCGCGCCCCUCAACGACAAGACCAAGUCACUGGUCCUCAUGAACUACUUCCCAUCUGUCCCAAUGAAGCCGACUGCGUGUUUGCAGCACUCCAGGGGCCUCACUGGCAUGUCUAACACAUGCUACGGCUCAGCUGGAAACCGAUGGGCUAAUUUCAUCGCAGUUGAUUACUACAAGAGAAGCGAGGGAGGGGGCGCGUUCCAAGCCACCGAUCUGCUCAACGGCAUGCUCCUGUGUGGAUGCCAGGACGUCAAGGCUUGCCAGCGAGGAUCUAGUGUAGUAUGCUCUGCCUGAAUCCGGGAGAGCUAGGACAUGUAGCAACUGCACAUACAUAGAACAAGAGAAUUGGAGAUGCAUGGUGCGAUGAUUUAGUCUCAAGAUGAGACAAGACAUACUCUUUUUUUCUUUGUGGGUAGAAGAAAUAUAUACUUACGAUUCAGAUUCCCCGAAACCGAAAGUUGAAAAAUGAGUGGUUUCGGCAACGGAUAAAUGGUUAAAAUGUUGGGUAGUGCAUUACAACUGUGAACGUGAUUCGUCAACAUGCUGUGCUCUCGGAGACGUUGUAGUUGUGCCUGGUGGAAUAUUUGGCAUAGAUUGAUUACACAUCAAAUACUGUUGCUAUAUGUUAAUUAUUAAUGGUUUGUCAUUAUGGUUAUUUCUUUCAUA